UCCCCAUCUUCAUAAAGCCCUAGAUCCUGCUUUGAAUUUUUAUUUUUGGAAUUAGUGUUGAGUUGACUUGUACUUAAUAGAUUUAGUUGAUCUUUCUCGAAUUUUUCAGUAUCGUUGUUGUUUCAAUAUUUUGUCAUGGCGGGCGAUGAUUUAGCUGAAACGAAGAAGGGAAGCUCGAAGAACACUAAGAACAGCAACGAGAGCAAACUCAAGCAAAAAUCACCAGCUGAGUUUUUCGCGGAGAACAAAAACAUUGCUGGAUUUGACAAUCCGGGGAAGUCGCUUUACACUACAGUUAGAGAGCUUGUUGAAAAUGCUCUUGAUUCUGCAGAGUCCAUUUCAGAGCUCCCUGAGGUUGAAGUAACAAUCGAGGAGAUUGUAAAAUCUAAGUUUAAUUCCAUGAUUGGUCUUAUUGAUCGGGAACGUGUUGACACACAGCUGUAUGAUGACUAUGAGACAGAGAAGGCCCGUGAGAAAAGGUUAGCAAAGGAAGCUCGUGCCAGUGAGAUACAAGCCAAAAACUUGGCAUCGGGAAAGAAAAACAAAGAGCCUGGAGUCUCAAAGGUUUUAAAGGCCCGAGGGGAAGCAUCGUAUUACAAGGUGACAUGUAAGGAUAAUGGUAAGGGGAUGCCACAUGAUGACAUUCCAAAUAUGUUUGGGAGAGUUUUAUCCGGGACAAAGUAUGGACUGAAGCAAACACGUGGGAAGUUUGGUCUGGGCGCAAAGAUGGCCUUAAUUUGGUCCAAAAUGAGUACAGGUCUCCCCAUAGAGAUUUCUUCAUCUAUGAAAAGUCAAAACUAUGUUACUUUCUGUAGACUGGAUAUCGAUAUUCACAGGAACAUUCCUCAUAUUCAUCUCCACGAAAAGAAGGGCAACAAAGAGAAAUGGCAUGGGGCUGAAAUACAGGUGGUAAUCGAAGGAAACUGGACAACGUACAGAUCAAAGAUCUUGCACUAUAUGCGUCAAAUGGCUGUUAUUACUCCUUACGCGCAGUUUCUGUUUAGAUUUAUAUCAGAGACACCAGAGAAAAAUGUCACUAUUAAGUUUACUCGAAGAACUGAUGUGAUGCCUCCUAUUCCUGUUGAGACCAAGCACCAUCCAUCUUCAGUUGACUUGCUGCUUAUCAAGCGCCUUGUUACAGACACCUCCAAAAAGACCCUUCUGCAGUUUCUUCAAAAUGAAUUUGUAAAUAUUAACAAAACCCUUGCAACAAGAUUAAUUGGGGAAAUGGGACCUGAUUUCAGCCCUAGCAUGGCUGUCAAAUCUGUAACAUCGCAGCAAAUGGUACGCAUACAUCAGUUAUUCCGCCAAGCCAAAUUCGACGACCCUAGUGGUGGCUGUCUUAGUCCGGCAGGAGAAUACAAUCUUCGCCUAGGGAUUAUCAAGGAGCUGCAUCCAGAUAUGGUAGCAACGUAUUCAGGCAGUGCUCAGGUCUUCGAAGGUCAUCCUUUCAUUGUUGAAGCUGGUGUUAGUGUUGGUGGGCGAGAUGUGAAACAGGGGAUCAACAUAUUUCGUUUUGCAAACCGUAUUCCACUCCUUUUCGAACAAGGAGGUGAUGUUGUCACCAGGACGGCCUCAAAAAGAAUCAAUUGGAAUAGUUAUAAGAUCAACCAGACGCAAGAUAAAAUAGGAGUUUUUGUGAGCAUAGUGAGUACAAAAAUUCCUUUCAAAGGGACAGGGAAAGAGUACAUAGGAGAUGACAUCAGUGAGAUAGCAACUGCAGUCAAGUCUGCAAUACAACAAUGCUGCAUCCAACUGAAAUCCAAAAUAGUCAAGAGACUGCAAGCCCGUGAACAACAAGAGCGGAAACGCAGUUUGAGCAGAUAUAUACCCGAUGCAACGGGUGCGGUGUACGAGGUUUUAAAACAAAUGACAGAAGAGCAUAAAACAAAGAGAAAACGUUACGGAGAGGAAGACACAGCUAUGCUUGACAAAGUUUCUAAAGAGAUAAUCACAAAAGAAACAUUGACAGAAAAGCUUGCUCAGCAUGUAGAACAGGUAGACUACGAGAUGGCAUUAGAGUAUGCAACACAAAGUGGAGUAAGUGAAGAACCGAGAGAAAACAUAUACCUCCAACACUUGGAUUCCAACAAGACCAAUUUCAUUGAUCUCCAUAGUCCAACUUUCGUCUUCAGACUCAUCUUGUAAAGAAAAAAAAACAUUUGUAUCUCUAUUAUAUUAUUACAUACACACACUUCAACAAGUUUACUAGUCAAUUUUGUUCACUUUCU